UAACUCGGUAUACACUGUACUAAAACGCCCUCGGGAUAUUUCGGCAAACUUCGCUUCGGUUGCGCUUUAAGGACUGUGUAAGGCUUUAGUGAUAUUCUAUAUUCAAAUGUACACAGUUCUGUGUACACGGGAUUAUUAUAGAAUUUUUCGUGUCCGCUCAGGUGUGUCACUGAUCCAGUAAAAGUCAGUCCCCACCGGUACUCUUAGGAAGCCUACCAUCGGACCGUGCUUGUUCCAAUGACGGGAGGUGCAUGGGGCACUGAGCCAGAUUAAGACGGUCCCUCGGGGAUAACAUGGGAGGAGUCCUGACGGGAUGUUCGCUGUCCCUCCUGGUUCUACUCCUCCUCCUACAAGUUACAGGUGUUCAAGGUGAGAUGGGAGCGGAACUGACGUCACUGAUUGUUGCUGGGGUGCUGGCCGGUGUUCUUUGUGUCAUACUUUUGUUUGUCAUCCCCGUCGUGUGCUAUAUCAGACGGAGAAGACCACAACAACCUCCGUCAAAAAGAAAAACUAGACACGCACCUAAGCCUAUGAGCAAUGGCGAUGCCAAGCAUAAGAAACCGAGACAACAACAGAAUGGUAUUCCCAUGUCUAUGAUGAACGGAGGUACUCGUAGUCCCAGGCAUAACAUGAAUGGAGACCCGCCAGGCACAGUCAGAAUGAUGCCGUUCCAUCAACCACGUGGAGGACCCGUGCCAAUGGUCGGCACUUUUCGAGGUCCUCCCCCUCAACCAAUCAUCAUCGGGACGACGUCUUACUCUAAAGGAACGUAUCCUCGAGGGAUGAACCCGAUGGGAAACUAUCCCAGGGGAAUGCCUGCAAGAGGGACACAUUCCAGAGCGAAUCCAUACAUGGCUCACAUGGGUCCUAUGCCGCAUGCGCAAUAUCCUCCCAUGGCCCACCCUUACUUCUUUGGUCAGCAGUAUCCGGUCCAGGUUGUGUACGUUACAGACUCCGAUGAGAGCGACUCUGACUCCAGUGUCUCGGGCAGGUCUACAGUACGAGAGAGGAAAUCGAGGUACCAUCGUCAGUUCGUGUCCCCUAGAGUCCGGUCCACAUUAAUUAUCAACGAUAGUACGUCGUCAAGAGUAAGCUCUGGAGAGGUGGACGAAGACCGUGGAGAGGCGAGACAGACCCGUGGUGUUCCGGCCCAAAGAAAACGACCAGCGUCUCCCAUCCGACAGGAGCCUGUGGUGAUGAGGAAUCGGUCCCCUUCCCGUUCUCGAUCCCGAAGUCCUCCUGUAGCGAUCUACCAGGAUCUAAGGAUGUCGACACGACCCCCAGCUAGUCCACCUCGGAAGGAGGAACAGGAGAGCAGUUCUGAGUUCGGAAUAUUUCAGCCAUCAGCAGGGCCAAAAUCAGGGGACGUAACUUUCGUCCCAAAGGAAUACAAACCACAGGAGAGGAAUCCAAGUCCGGAGCCUGAAGAUUACAGGUAUGCUACCGUCAUUAAACCACAACCUGUGAAAGCUCUACCGAAGGACGAAUGGGGGGAGCCAGACCAGGAUAUGGGUCCUCCGUCCCAAAACAUCGGCAUGUCCAUGUCGGAAAGACUACAAGGCAUCGUUGAAGACGGGUGGGGAAACAGUCCUCUAAUAGACUAUGGUCAGCGUGACUCGUCUGAGGUGCCUGCACAAGACAUUUCGCGGACUAAAAGCGACGAGAGUGAUCUCUGGAAAUCAAGGAGAGAGGACAAUGAAGACGCUCUUCGGCAACCAAGUCAACAAGCUGAAAAUAUAUACGCACGAAGUGUGAAGAGAGCUGACACAGACCGACCUCCUUCACCGCCUCUGGACAUCCCCAGUGCCGUGGGUUCCCCGAGACAAUCCUUCAUACGAGACUACCCCAGCAGUGAGUCACAGUCGCCCGACAGACCUGUGACCCCACCCUUCGACGGUAUUACACCGAGACCGUCCCUAAAGUCGAGGUCGGAAUCGCCUCCACAACCGAGUGCUUCAUCCAAUCCAUUGUCACAAUCACAGAGCCAAAAGGUCCAUAGGUCCAUGUUUUCUAACGACGUACUGAAGGAGCUGAAGCAGCGUCAGAAGUCGACAGAGGAUUUAGUAGAAGAUGAUGAUUCACAAUCCAGAUCAGUUAACUUUUCACCGUCACCCCCUACUAUAAUAUCCGGGUACACCAUAGAUCCUCCAGCCCAGUUUACUGGUAUACCUGCCCCUCCCCCUCCUCCUCCUCCUCCUCCUCCCCCUCCCCCUGUACCCAAAUAAUAGUCAACUACAUUUUUAUUAGACGUUCCUUAUAAGGGAUUCUGACUGGCUUAGACUAAGACAUGAAUACCUGUAGCCUACGCAGGUGGUCAUCAUGUACACACCAUAUUGACAUUGAAACCUGCUUUCCUAUGAAGCUCCAUCUGUUUGCUGUGUUCAUCAUUUAUAUAUACCACGGUAUACAUAAUACCGACUUAAUCAUCUGCCUUUGAUAAGGUGUCUCCUUCAAGAAACGUUUUUGGUUUUUCAUGUUUUUGACAAUGUUCCACAGAUGGAGCUGAGGGAGGUUGCGACCGACAUCAAUAUAUUACAUACUAAGUAUGGAAAUAAUGGAACCUGUCUAAUCCGGUAGUCUGUAGGAUCUAAAUAAACCUGUCUAAUCCGACAGCAUACAGGACCUACAGUUAAGGAUGUACUCUUCUGAGGUUUCCAUCACGUUCAAGUCUCGUUUUGAUCUUGUGUAACGGGUUUUUGUAAUA